GACCAAAUGCGCUUUCGGAUUUUCUUCUCUCGCCUCAGAACUAACGCCCACCAAAAAGAGCGAGGGAGAGACUGCAUAAAUAAACACAACAGUCAAGCAUAAUACAAUAAGAAACUCUGUCUCCACCAUAAACCCUCGGAAACCGCCGUCAUCAUCGCCUUCAACAAUGGCCCUCGCCGCCUGCUUCUUGUCCCCAACCAUCCCUUCUACUCCUAAUUCUUCCAUUUUUCUGCCCAAACUCACCUCAAUCUCUUCAUAUCCUCCUCUCCACCUCCGCCUCUCCUCCUCCACCACCGCCAGGUCCACCGCCGCUCUCUCGUUCCGCAGUCACCGCCUCUAUCCAUUCAUUGUCUUCUCUUCUUCGUAUGCCGAUGCCGAUACCGAUGCUGGCGGAAUCGACAACAACGACAAUAACAACUAUUCCGGAGGCGGCGGCGGUGGUAAGGACAAUGGAGAUGGCGGAAGUAGUGGUGAUGCUGGCGAUGGAGAUGAAGGCAAUGCCGGGGAACAGAAGAACAAGGCGGAGGCGUUGAUUAUUCUGGCGGAGGCCGGGAUGUCGUUGGAGAACCUCCCGAAGGACUUCGCAGCCGCGAUCCAGGCGGGGAGAAUCCCCGGGGCUGUCGUGGAAAGGUUUUUGGAGCUACAGGAAUCUUCGUUCUUCCGGUGGCUCAUGCAGUUCGGUGGCUUCAAGGAGAGGCUACUGGCCGAUGAUCUCUUCCUUGCUAAGGUCGCCAUGGAGUGCGGUGUCGGCAUCUUCACUAAGACUGCUGCAGAAUAUGAACGUCGCAGAGAAAACUUUUUCAAGGAAUUGGAGAUUGUUUUUGCAGAUGUGGUAAUGGCCAUAAUUGCAGAUUUCAUGCUAGUCUAUCUCCCUGCUCCUACUGUUUCUCUCCGACCACCUCUUGCGGUCAGUGCUGGGAAGAUUGCCAAGUUCUUCCAUGGCUGCCCUGAUAAUGCCUUCCAGGUUGCUCUUUCUGGAACUUCAUAUUCAUUUUUGCAAAGAAUAGGUGCAAUAGUGCGAAAUGGGGCAAAACUCUUUGCAGUUGGCACAACUUCCUCUCUGGUUGGCACAGCUGUGACAAAUGCUUUAAUCAAUGCGCGGAAAGCUGUGGAUAAGUCUUCUGCAGCUGAAGUUGAAAACGUUCCCAUACUUUCAACAAGUGUUGCCUAUGGUGUUUACAUGGCAGUUUCUAGUAAUCUCAGGUACCAAGUGUUGGCAGGUGUAAUAGAACAACGCAUUUUGGAGCCCAUGCUGCAUCAACACAAACUUAUGUUGAGUGCAAUUUGCUUUGCUGUCCGAACAGGCAAUACAUUUCUGGGUUCAUUGUUGUGGGUUGAUUAUGCUCGUUUAAUAGGAAUUCAAAAAGCUCACGAGGAUAAAGAGGCAUUGGCUUGAUUCAUGAUCAGUUUUGUAAGUUUUGUAAACCACUGUAUUUCCAAAAAAAGAAAAGUUUUGAAAACCACUGUUGGUCAUGUUCCAAGAUAAGAUAGAAGCAGGUUUAGUUUAGGCGUCUUACUCUCAAUUAUCUCUGUUGUAUUUUGGUUGGCAACAAAAAUACUGGAACAUAGGUGAGGGACUUGAUCUUGGUGUUUGGUAAACAUGAACUUUAUAGUUUUGAUGAACUAUCUGCAUAGCAUUUAUUUUUAGGGAAACUUUUUGCACAGUA